UUGGCUGUCAUUGGAGCGCCCCAUGUCUGCUCUGUCAGGAUUGUUGACGUCAAGGGGCGGGUUGUGUUUCUAUGAUCAACCUGCGGGAAAACAAUGAGGAGCGGAUCCGCCUGAAGCUGGCGCUCCCUGAGCAGCAGAGUGCAGGCUGCUGCCGAAUGCAGCGCAGGGACAUGAUGCGAGGCGCCGGUAGCAGCGGCGGCGGCGGCGGCGGGGCGCCGGAGGAGUGGGCAGACUCGGGAGCUGAGACUGCAGGGUCUGAUUCCAGCAGGAUGUCUUCAAGUAGUGAAUUUGUGUUGGAAGAGGGGCAGGAUCCCUUCCAAAUGACUGUGCAUCUACUUGCAAAUCCUGGUGAAUCUCGAGGAUUACAGAAAACACUAGACUGCUUGCUACAUUGGCUAAGCCCGGAUAUCCAGUUGUUUCAUGUUUCUGAGCGAGCAACACCAAAAAAAUGCUGUGAAACACAGCACAGAAAAAAAUCUGGCUACCCGUCACUCUCUGUUAUUCUAUUCCUGCAUGAAGACUUUGGUGAAGAACGAAUCUUACAAGUUCAUGACUUUUUUCAGGGGCCACCAUGGCAAUAUCAUCACAGUGAAAGUGUGGGUGGGAAAAUACUUCCUUAUAUGAUUUGUUGUCAGGAUUUCUAUUCUUUAGAUGCCAACAUGCCAAUCUGGGCUGUAAGACAGGUGCACUAUGGGAAUGAGAUCUUGCGAGUUACUGUAUGCUGCAGCAAUGAAAACUUUGAAGAUUCCGUCAAACUCUAUGAGUUAAUUUUGCAGAAGAAAGCUGCUGUGCAGAAAAUUGACUUCUGCUGUUUCACAGUGUUCUCGAGCCAGAGUUUCUGUAUCCAGCUCUCUUUAAAACAGUUGCCACUCGGAGUUCCUGUAAAUCUGAAAGAAUCAGCUGUGCUUCAAUUCAGAGUGCAUGCAAUCGGAGAACUGGUGCCUCUUCUUCCAAAUCCAUGCAUCCCCAUCAGCAACACAAGAUGGCAAACUGAAGACUAUGAUGGAAACAAGAUCCUUUUCCAAAUCAAAGGGGGAAUGCAGUACUUGGGCAGAAGUUGCUCUGCUGGCGGUGGUUUGAACAAUUACUCAUGCAAUUCAGUGCCAUGCAAUCAAACUUCACUUUCAGAAAGGUGGCUAUACAACCAAAUGCAUCAGGAAAAGAGCAAAAUGUUCUCCACUUUGACAGAAAAUGAACAGGAGAGAAGAUAUGUGAAAGGAAAACAAAGAAAUUGUUUACAUGGAAUGCUGGACAGAAUUGAAAGCAGCACCUCGGAGAGUUUGUGCAGCACACCCAAAAGCAGUUCCUGUUACUCAUCACAGCGCAGCAGUCCAGCAACGUUGUCUCGCUGUGAUCUAGCGUAUUGUUACAAUACGUCUACAAAGCUCCAAAACUUUGAACAUGAAACCAACACUGGACUACAAAAUGCAGAAACUGAUGUUGACACUGGAGUCAUAGUUACAAAAACAAGUUUGUUGUCUGAUGACAGCCUCUGUUCUUUAGACACAUUUUCAACAGGUUUAAAGAACUGUCUUCCUGAUUUAAGUUCAAAAUCUUUUGCAUUAAAAUCAACAGUAAGUGCUGGACUAAAAGAUGAAAUGUCUUCUGAGAAUAUCAGUGUUUUGAGCAAAAAAUGGCAAACUUCCAAAACUGACAAGAAAAGUACACCUUUUUGUCAACAAACAUUUGAAACCUCCCAACAGUUUUAUGCAAGUGGUGUGGAGGAAGAAUUUUUCAUCUAAGUUGACACACAGGAAUUAAUUGUGAAAUACUGUUUUUGCCUGCAAACCAUGUUAAGUGCAAAUACUUGCAUGAAGCCACAUUAUUGAAUAACACUGCAGGUGUUUUGUAAUUUUAUUGAACGAGGAAAAAUGUCUGUAACUCUCACAUUUUAUUAAUUCUGCUACCACUUCACCUGCACUAAAUGUAAGAAUUUGUCUUCUGAAAAUGUAGCUAAAUCCCCUGAGCUGUGGAUGAGCAGAAUUCUUGAUUUAUCUUUAAACUGUAAAUUGUUCUUAAUGAAUAAUUUAAAUCUAAUUAAUAUAGAGUUGCAGAAACUGCACAAGAUUUUUUCACGUAGCUCUAACCUUUUUAAAAUAAGCAGUUAAACAAAAUAUAGCCUUUGCCAGUUUGACUAAUCUCCAUGAUGUAGUGUAAUAGACAUGGUUCCUGUAUCAUUCAGAACUUUACCGACAAUAUAAGGACAUGUUUGAAAAAGACUUAUGAUCAAUUUGCAACCUGUUUGAGAUUUCUGUUGGUACUAGUUAAAUUUUUAUUUUUGUUUUGAUUUUGUAUUCCUUCAUGGAUGUAGGCAUUGCUGCCUUGUGAGUGUGUAACUUGGAGGGAUCUUGUAGGUGGUGGUGUUCCCCUGCAUUUGCUGCUGUUGACUGCUAGAUCAUAGUGGUCCUAGGUUUGGAUGAUGCACACUGUAGCCACUGUGCACUGAAAUUGGAAGGAAUGAAUGCUGAAAGUGUAGAUUGGGGUGCCAAUCAAAAAUGGGUUACUUUGUCCAGCGUGGUGGUAAGCUUAACAGCAGAAGAUUGGAUUGCUUGAGAUAGUCACUGAUGCAAAAAAUUACAUGAAUGUCAGUUGGAAGUGACUUCAAUUUGUUAAUUCAGUUCAUAUAACAAUUUACUAUAAUUAAUUACAAUUUUGCAAUAAAUGGCAAAACAUUGGAUUAUAACACAUUUGUGUCCACCAUACAGCCCUUGAAUUGUACUGUGUUCCAGAAUUGAACAUGAUUCACUAUUGAUGUAGUUGAAAAGUAUGGUGCUGGAAAAGCGCAGCAUGCCUGGCAGCAACCGAGGAGCAGGAGAAUCGACGUUUCGGGCAUAAGCCCUUCUUCAGGAUUGAUGUAUCGUGUAUCAAAUAAUUGUAUGAAUCAAGAGAACAAUCCAGUCAGACACAAUUUCUUGUAUGUUAUCAUCUUUUUGAAAAAAAUUGUGUGCAACUUUAACAGUGGUACAUUGUUCCUAGUGGCAGAACAGGAAAUUAGUGCCACCUUCUUCUCACUCUCGCUUUUUUACUGCUUCCCAUAUGAUUAUGUUUGAUAUUCUAAAGUGCCAGUGGUGAAUAUGGGCAGCAUGUGAUCAUGUAGUGAGGGAAGCCUUUCUGUGGUGAAACCCACCAUCAGUUCCCAAUGCAGCAGAUGCAGGCAGGCAGUAAUAAAGCCUGCUGAGCAGAUAGCAAGGCACUUCUUCACAGCCAUUAUUUUCCUGCCAUUAACACAAAACAUAUUAAGGGCACAAAGAUGGCAUGGGCAGUUUUCAGAUUUGCAUUUCUUUUGUAGAUAUUUCAUUUUACAUUGCUUUCACUGUACUUGUAUGAGACUAGCUUUGUCAGAGAGAAGUAUACUAGCAUUCUGUACGGUUGGCAAACAUUGCUGGUUAUUGUGGAGUUAGGGGUAUUUCUUUUAUUGUGCAGGAAACAACAUUGUAAUUUCUUGUUUACUCUUUAUUGAAUGUUUAUUAUAGAGUCCAGUGUGAUACUUGCCAUUCUGAAAUAUAUCUAAACUUGCAGUCUCAGGUCACCCUCCCAACUAUGCAUUAUAAAAAGAUAUUGUCCAAGUUUACUCUCAGUGGGAAUCAUUGAAAUGUUGUAGGUGAACCCAAGGCCCUGCAAGGAAUCUUUCAGCUGACUCCCUGAACUGGAGCCACACGGUUAUUAUUGACCACAUCCCUUAAGUGCCUUAUUUUCACCUUAACUCUCUACGCUACCUUAACCACUGACACCCCUUUGCCCAUCCUGUGCUUCCAUGUAGGCUGCCACUCAUCUCACCCCAUUUUCACAAAGAACAAGCUUGGACUUUGGACAUGACUGCACAGAAUAGAUUGAUGUGCAGUAUCCUUAAACUAACAUGAACCAGGUACUGUGAGUGCCAUGCCCUGCUAACUUUAUCUUGAAGGUAAAGUGUAAUAUUUAAAAUGUUAAGCUAAUGAACAUUAAUGGCAUGAAAUAUAUUAUCCUAAUGGAAGACAUUCACACACAUACCACUGACUUCAUCUCUGCAUAUCCAAGUAUGGUCACAAAAUCAAAAACUCAAUUCACACCUUAUUAAGUCACUCAGAAUGCUAUGUUUCACACUCCAGCACGCUCUAUAAAUUCUCCUUGUCCCGAUGUUAUUGCUUAUACUCGACUUUGUGGAGCAGAAGCUGCAAUAACAGCAAUGGAUCUUGUUAACUGCUUUAAAGUAUUCUAGAGAGUUAUGGCAGAAGCAAAUUCACGACUAGUAAUAGCUGACGUACAGAAAAUGAAAUACCUGCUACCUAACAUAACCGACCAAGGCAUGCUAUAAUUAUUGGUAUUUGAGUAAAUUCUAUAACUGGAUUCUUUUCAACGAUGACAACUGAUAACAUUGCAAAUACAGUAACAACAAUUAAUUUAAUUGUAAUGGAAUAUAUCCCUCUGCUCCUGUAUAACAGCACAGUCAAACAUAAUGCUAUGGACCAAGGUUCCACUAAACAGAUAAAAUUGUUUCUCAUUGUUGACUUUCUCCCAGAAAUGCAGAUAGUUUGAGUAAAACAUCAUGUUUCAAGCUUUUGAAUAGUAUUCCAAAUGUAACAAUGAGAGUCUGAACUGUUUCAAAAAUCUUGAUUUUGUUGCUAAGUUCUUUCUCAUGUAUUUGCCAAUUUCUUCCCAGUAUUUUUAUGCACAUGCAUUUACAUGGUUGUGAAUAGUAUAUGAUUUAAAUGAAUGCCAUUUAAUUGCAAUGAGCAUCAUCUCCAAAAUGAAAUAUCCAAGCACGAUAUGAUCCACAGUAAGAUGAAAAAUUAAAGAGUUACAAGUGUUAAUUAGCUGAAGUCUUCAGUCAAUCCAAACAUGUGCAUGACAUUCAGUAAUGAUUAGAGUGAACUAGGAAUUCCAAAACUAAAGCACAGAAUGAAACUCUUUCGUAAUACUGUACAUUGAAAAUUGUGAUUGGUUAAAUUACUCACCACUUGUCUUUCCUGGGUUUGUUAAAUUUGUUUUUGGGACAUGGGUGAUACUGAAAAGUGUGUUUUUGCUUUACAUGCCUAAUUGAUCUGAGAAGGUUAUGAUGGGAAGGUACUGGUGUUGAACUAGGGUGGACAAAGUCAGAAGUUGCCCAACACCAGAUUAUAGGUUUAUUUGAAAUCUCAAGCUCCAGAGC